CACCAGCUGCCGCGAGUAGCGCUCGAUCUCCAGCCGGCUCAGUUCUGUGCGGAGGGGGAGAGGAGAGGGAAUGAUGAUCUCCUCAGAGGCCGCGCUCGAGCCGUCGGCCUCUGAGAGGCGCGCCUUUUUUCCCGCGCGCUCAGACAUCGCCUCAGCGGCCGCUUCUUCCCUCAAAUUGAAAGGGGGGAGAAAAGAAGGUAUUAAUUAUGGAUCCGAAAGAAGCUUCAAGAGGUGGGCCUCGCCUCUUCCGUUUCCGUCGCCGGCGCUGAGGCAAAAGGCCCGCUUGGCUGGUUGACACGCAAGCGCCGUCUCCUCUCCGAGGGCCGCCGCCAUCAUGGCAGCCUCACGGGACAAGUACUCGGUGCUGCUGCCCACCUACAACGAGCGCGAGAAUCUGCCGCUCAUCGUGUGGCUGCUGGUGCGGAGCUUCCAGGAGAGCGGCAAUGACUUUGAAAUUAUAGUGAUAGAUGAUGGAAGCCCAGAUGGAACACAGGAAAUUGCUGAACAAUUGAUAAAGAUUUAUGGAUCAGACAAAAUUCUUUUAAGACCCAGAGCAAAAAAACUGGGAUUGGGGACUGCUUAUAUUCAUGGAAUGAAGCACGCUACAGGGAACUUCAUUAUUAUUAUGGAUGCUGACCUCUCACACCAUCCAAAAUUCAUUCCAGAAUUUAUCAGAAAGCAGAAAGAAGGUAACUUGGACAUUGUGUCUGGAACUCGGUAUAAAGGAAAUGGUGGUGUUCAUGGAUGGGAUGUGAAACGGAAAUUAAUCAGCCGGGGUGCCAAUUUCUUAACUCAGGUUCUUCUGCGGCCAGGUGCAUCUGACUUAACAGGAAGUUUCAGGUUAUACAGAAAAGAGGUUUUACAGAAGCUAAUCGAGAAGUGUGUUUCGAAAGGAUACGUUUUCCAGAUGGAAAUGAUUGUUCGAGCUAGACAACUGGGGUACUCUAUUGGAGAGGUUCCUAUAUCAUUUGUGGACCGAGUCUACGGGGAAUCUAAAUUAGGAGGCAAUGAGAUAGUCUCUUUUCUAAAAGGGCUGUUGACUUUAUUUGCAACUACAUAAGAGAUUCUUCCCUGCAUUCAACAUAAUUUGGACUGAAACGUAAUUUUUGCAUUGUCUGGGAGAACCUUGCUAAGCUUUCUUGUGGUUAGAAAAACCAUUCCAAUUUGUAGAAAAACAAGGACCACCCAGAGAGUCCAGUAAGCAUUAUUUAUUAACCGUGGAAAAAUCACCACUGUUGUGUAUGUCUUGUUAUUAAAUAAAUGAGGCUUACUCCAA